AUGCGGCCUAAAAAAGGAAUAGUGAGACAACUUAAUGUAUACAUAAUAAUGCAUGGCCACUUCGUUUCUGACCUUAAUAACACCAGUUCUGUCAUCCGUCUUUUUAAAUCAGGUCAAUUUGUUUAUGAUUUAUUUCUAUAUUUUGAGCGAAUUUAAAGAAAGUCGCUUUCCAUAGACAGAUCUGGCUUCCAUGAUACAGUAGCAAAACCAUAAACCUGCUUUCUGAAACACACCGAAAGCGCGACCUCUAGUGGUCACUAGGUGAAAGCGUUUCUUGUGGUGACACUCCGGAGUAAACGGAACCUCCCUCCAUGCUGCUCUCCUCCUCCUCCACUCUGGUGCUCCUGCUCAUCACAAUGGCCAGGCUCUAGAGGAGGAAGGCGCGCAGACACAAGGAGGAGCGACGGCGGCGACUCAGUCACACCUUCACAACGAGACGCAGGAGAAGGAAUAUGACUUCCAUCUGGUAGAGAGGUCAAUGUGGCCGAUAAAUCAACUCUCUGUGGUAGCACUGUGUCGCUGUGGAUUCCAGAGGCUCGUCUCCAUAGCAACCCAUUCCUCCUCCUGAUCGUUGCUGCCAGUCCACCGUCUCUGCCACACAAGGCGUCUCCCCUCAGCCCCCUGGUCGGUCACUGCCUCUGAACUAGAAUGGACACUGAGUCAACACACUCGGGUUACUCCUAUUCCAGUCGCUCCGGGAGAUCGAAUCGACAUGGGCGUGAGCGACACAAAGCUGGGAGCAGUAAGGACAGCAGUCGCUCUGAGAGGUCUGUGGUCAUUAACCCCCCCGACACGCCAUCCCAGGAUUCCCCUGUUCACAACGGAGAGCCGCUGCCUGGAGAACCCACCUUAGCAGCGGACCAUGGAGAAGAUGCCCAGGAUGACAACUGGGGAGAAACCACUACAGCCGUCACGGGCACUUCAGAGCUGAGCGUCUCUCAGGAGGAGGUGGUCGGCCUCGGGAAAGGGAUUCAGGAUCGCACCCACAGCUUCCGCCGCUACCUCCCCCUAGCUGUGGGUUUGUGUGUGGGCCUGCUGGUGCUGGCCACGCCCCUGGACUUCCUGCUUCUUCCUGCUGUGAUGUGGCCUGACAGACUGCAGGCGUGCGGUGCGGCCUGUGAGGGUCUUUUCCUCUCCAUCGCCUUCAAGCUCCUCAUGCUGCUGGUGGCCAUUUGGGCCUUGUUCCUCCGACCGGGGCGAGCCAGUCUGCCCAGGAUGUGUGUAUACCGUGCCUUCCUCACCACGCUCACACUCCUGCUGACCAUGUCCUACUGGCUCUUCUACGGAGUCAGGAUCCUUGAUCCACAGGAUGAAGACUACCACGGUAUCGUCCAGUUUGCCGUGUCCCUUGUGGACUCUCAGCUGUUCGUCCACUACCUGGCUGUGGUGCUGUUGCAGCUCCGCCAGCUGCAGCCCUGUUACAGUGUGUGCGUCAUCCGGUCCACAGACGGAGAGACGCGUCACUACAACGUAGGACAGACGAGUAUUCAGAGAGCUGCUCUGUCCAUUUUGGAGUUUUACUACAGAGAUUUUCCUCUUCACAAUCCGUCUCUUCUCUCUGCCGCCAAGCAGCGAGCGGCCAAACAUCUGGCUGAGUUAAAGGUCUAUAACGUAGAUGCCCCGGGGAACGCUGCGGGGGCUCAGCCUGCCAACGGCACUCAGUCAAGAGCGAUGGCUUCCGCCGCCGCCGCCGCCAAACGCAAGGACAGCGCCCACAAUGAGCUGUACUACGAGGAGGCGGACUAUGAGAGGAGAGUACGCAAGCGCAGAGCCAGGCUGGUGGUUGCUGUAGAGGAAGCCUUCACUCACGUCCGGCGGAUGAAGAAGGAGGACGAGCGUGCAUCUCCGUCUGACAUCAUGGAUGUCCAUGAAGCAGCUCUCGCCAUAUUCCCAUCUAUGGCACGUGCGCUGCAGAAAUACCUCCGCACCACUAAGAGGCAGCACUGUCACAGCAUGGAGAACAUUCAGAAGCACCUCGCUUUCUGUCUCACUAACAACAUGAGCCCAAAGGCCUUCCUGGAAACCUAUUUGGCCCCCGGUCCAACUCUGCAGUACGGACCUGAGCGCUGGAUGGCAGAUCAAUGGACCUUGAUCAGCGAGGCCUCCGUCACCAGCGGCAUAAAGCAGGGCUCAGAGUUCCUGUUGAGGUGUCUCGACUUUAGCUUAGCAGUCACCGUCAAGAGCAUCCCUUACAUUCGACUGACGGAGGAGUACAUCGACCCCAAGACUCACAAGUUCCUGCUGCUGCUUCAGUCCGAGACCUCGGUUUGAACACGGCCGCUGGAGCGGACCAGCAGCCUUGUUUUUGUUUACUCGACUUUUUGUACUGUUUUUCUCUUUGUACCUGUCGGUGUGAUUCUAUCACAUACACUGUUUGUGUCGUUUUCCCUGAGAGACUUUGGGCAACGUGAGAGACCGUUACGGGCAGAAAACACAGGAGUAUGAUUGGAUAUCUCUGUCCCGACAGUUGCAGAAGACAGUUCAGGUUUUCCUCUAUGCACUUCAGAUGACCCUCGUAAAAGUCCUGCUUUAUCUGUGUGUCAGUGUGUGUGUGUCGGCGAGGGAGGGUGUGUGUGAUUGAAGAUGAAACGUGUGUACGUCCAGACUUGUGUUUCAUCCUCUUCUUAUUUUUGUUACCAAGUAACCACGACAUGUACCACGAACUGAACCCUUUU